AUCAACACCCGAAAAGGUAAAAAAGCAAAAAGUUGCCGCCACCAUAACUCGGAAGAAAAAACAAAAGAAAAACAAUUUCUUUCUUUCUUUCUAUGUUACUUGCUUUCUUUGUUACUCUGGAGAAUCACCGGGUUUGCUUUGUCCACCACAUGCCCAGCACAAAAACCCUAACCCCAGAUCACUCACCCUAUCACAAUCUCCCUUUAUUAAACAAAUCAAAAUCCCAAACUCUCUCCCUCUGUUUCUUCCCCUUUUCCCACUAACCCCACUCUCUCCACAUUUCUCUCUCUACAUUUCCAACAGUGCUAUCUGUCGCCUUCAAUUGCGACUUUCUACCACUAACCCAACUCUCAUUUCUUUCUCUCUCAUAUAAAAAUUAGGGCUUUUCCUAAUGAAUCAAAUUGCUGGGACAAAGGACCCAGAGGCCGAGCCCGUCGCUCAGUCUCUGCCCCAACCCCAAGACACGCCCAAGCCUCCCGACAAAACUGAUUCCGCCGCCGUGGUCGUCGCUGCCACCACCACCACCGAAGAGAAAGAGGUUGGACCAGAGGAAAAACGACCGGUCCCCAUGGAGGAGGAUUCGCUCAACCCCGCCAUCGUUUUCUCCAUCAGGCUUAAGCAACCUAGGUCCAAUUUGCUGCAUAAGAUGAGCGUUCCUGAACUGUGUCGCAAUUUUAGUGCUGUUUCCUGGUGUGGAAAACUUAAUGCUAUAGCUUGUGCAGCAGAAACGUGUGCAAGAAUUCCAAGUUCAACGACUAAUCCACCAUUUUGGAUCCCUAUACAUAUUGUGAUCCCAGAGAGGCCGACUGAAUGUGCAGUGUUCAAUGUCAUAGCAGAUUCGCCUCGUGAUUCUGUCCAGUUCAUCGAAUGGUCCCCAACCUCUUGUCCACGUGCAUUGCUGAUUGCAAAUUUCCAUGGGAGGGUAACUAUUUGGACUCAACCUUCUCAAGGGCCAGCUAAUCUUGUCCAUGAUACUAGCUGUUGGCAGCGUGAGCAUGAGUGGCGGCAAGAUAUUGCAGUUGUAACAAAGUGGUUAUCAGGGGUGUCUCCGUAUAGGUGGCUAUCAUCUAAAUCAAGUGCUCCCGCCAAUGCGAAGUCGACGUUUGAGGAAAAGUUUCUUUCACAGCAAUCUCAAACUUCAGCUAGAUGGCCCAAUUUUCUGUGUGUUUGUUCAGUGUUCUCAUCGGGCUCAGUUCAACUUCACUGGUCCCAGUGGCCUCCUAGUAAGAAUGACACUACACCAAAGUGGUUUUGCACUAGUAAAGGACUUUUGGGUUGUGGGCCCAGUGGGAUUAUGGCUGGUGAUGCUAUCAUUACAGACAGUGGUGCCAUGCAUGUAGCAGGUGUACCAAUUGUUAAUCCGUCCACCAUUGUAGUUUGGGAGGUCACACCUGGGCCUGGAAAUGGUUUCCAGGUAGCUCCAAAGACAAGUACCACUUGUGCCGUCCCACCUCUUAGCCCACCCAACUGGGCUGGUUUUGCACCUUUAGCUGCAUAUUUAUUUAGCUGGCAGGAUUAUCUAUUAUCUGAAGCUAAGCAAGGGAAAAAACAGACAGACCAAAACCUUCUUGAUGCUGUACCUCUCUAUUGCUCACCAGUUUCAAAUUUUUCAGCGUAUGUGAGUCCUGAAGCUGCAGCUCAAUCUGCAGCAACUACUACAUGGGGUUCUGGUGUAACAGCAGUAGCCUUUGAUCCAACUCGUGCUGGUUCAGUGAUAGCUGUUGUGAUAGUUGAGGGGCAAUACAUGUCCCCAUAUGAUCCAGACGAGGGCCCAUCAAUUACAGGGUGGAGAGUGCAACGUUGGGAAUCAUCUCUACAGCAUGUUGUUCUCCAUCCUAUAUUUGGAAACCCUACUUCUAGUAUGGGUGGUCAAUCACCUAUGCAAACUGUUUGGCAGUCCAAAGUGGACCUGAGUAUAACUCCAACAAAUGAUUUCAAGAGCCAUCAAUCACCUGCAACUGGAAUGGCUUCUGAUGUGCAAAAGGUGUCUGAGUCUGGUUCUGACAAAUCAACAAGGGUGAAUUUUGAUCCGUUUGAUCUUCCAAGUGAUGUCAGGACACUUGCCCGGGUUGUUUACUCUGCUCACGGUGGUGAAAUUGCUAUUGCUUUUCUUCGUGGUGGUGUCCAUGUUUUUUCUGGUCCAAAUUUUACACCUGUAGACAACUAUCAGAUUAACGUUGGUUCUGCAAUUGCUGCUCCGGCUUUUUCUUCAACAAGCUGUUGUUCAGCUUCUGUUUGGCACGACUCUAGCAAAAAUUGUACAAUAUUGAGAAUAAUAAGAGUUCUCCCUCCUUCUAUUCCCAUUAGUCAAGUAAACGCCAAUUCAUCAACUUGGGAACGUGCAAUUGCUGAAAGGUUUUGGUGGAGCCUUUUAGUAGGAGUUGAUUGGUGGGAUGCUGUGGGCUGCACCCAGAGUGCUGCUGAGGAUGGUAUUGUUUCACUUAACAGCGUUAUUGCAGUUUUGGAUGCGGAUUUCCAUUCUCUCCCUUCUAUUCAGCACAGGCAACAGUAUGGUCCUAGUCUAGACAGGAUAAAGUGUAGGCUGCUGGAAGGAUCAAAUGCCCAAGAGGUGAGGGCAAUGGUUCUGGAUAUGCAAGCUAGGUUGUUAUUGGAUAUGCUUGGGAAAGGAAUAGAGUCUGCCUUGAUAAAUUCUUCAGCUUUAGUUCCUGAGCCGUGGCAAGCAUCAGGUGAAACAUUAUCCAGCAUUGACCCUGAAACAAUGGCUGUUGAACCUGCGCUAAUUCCUAGUAUUCAGGCUUAUGUGGAUUCAGUUCUAGAUUUGGCUUCACAUUUUAUUACCCGUUUGAGACGUUACGCUAGUUUCUGUCGCACAUUGGCAAGUCAUGCUGUGACUGCAGGUACUGGGAGCAACCGAAAUAUGGUUGCUAGUCCUACCCAAAGUUCGGCAACACCUGCAACAAGUCAGGGAGGUCAAAAUGGGACCAGCAGCUCUAUGGGAAGUGCCCAGUUGCAAACCUGGGUGCAAGGGGCUAUUGCCAAAAUUAGCAACACAACUGAGGGAGGUUCCAAUCCAACUCCCAAUCCCAUCAGUGGCCCUUCAACAUUUAUGCCUAUUAGCAUCAAUACAGGAACAUUUCCUGGAACACCAGCAGUUAGACUUAUUGGGGAUUGUCAUUUCCUUCACAGACUAUGCCAACUUUUACUCUUCUGCUUUUUCUUUCGUCGAACACAACUUCCUCGUUAUAUGGGGUCUGCAAAUAGAACUUCUGAUGCAAAUACACAAAAGCCUCAAUCUAAUACUCCUGCCCCUGGCAAGGUGGAGGAGAUUGCAAAACCUGCUGUGGUGAAGUCUGAUGAUGGUCAGAGUGGUCGAGCUGGGCCAAAAGGAGCUGAAGAAGUACCUUCUGGUCGUUCCAGAUUGGGUAGUGGGAAUGCUGGCCAGGGAUAUACGUUUGAAGAGGUCAAGGUGCUUUUUAUGAUGCUUAUGGAUCUUUGCCGCAGAACAGCUGGGCUGCAACACCCAUUGCCAGUCUCUCAAGUGGGGAGCAUCAACAUUCAGGUUCGGCUGCAUUAUAUUGAUGGAAACUAUACUGUACUGCCAGAGGUUGUGGAAGCAUCCCUUGGUCCUCAUAUGCAGAAUAUGCCUCGUCCUAGAGGUGCAGAUGCUGCUGGUCUUCUUCUACGUGAACUAGAACUCCACCCUCCAGCAGAAGAGUGGCAUAGACGGAAUAUGUUUGGUGGACCUUGGUCUGAUCAGGAAGAUGUAGAUUGUGCAAAUGAUGCACCUAAACUCGUUAAUUCUGACCCACUUGAUUUCAGCUCAAUGGAGCAUUCUGAUGUCUAUUAUGGAACUCAUCGUUUAUGGCCUAGGAAGCGCAGAAUGUCUGAAAGAGAUGCAGCUUUUGGCUUGAAUACUUCUGUGGGCCUGGGAGGUUAUCUGGGCAUAAUGGGAUCACGAAGAGAUGUUGUUACUGCUACAUGGAAGACUGGCCUUGAAGGGGUCUGGUACAAGUGUGUGAGAUGUCAGCGGCAGACCUCUGCUUUUUCUUCACCAGAUGCUCCUCCUUCUCUUAGUCCAACUGACCGGGAAGUCUGGUGGAUCAGCCGCUGGGUACAUGGCUGUCCAAUGUGUGGUGGAACAUGGGCUCGGGUUGUAUAAAUGGCUUACGUUAUUAUAAUGUGAGUUUCACGUUGUGGAAAAGGAUACAUUUGUGGCUAUGAAAUGGAUCAGAUAGUAUACUUACGGGAGUUGUACAGGAAGAAAGGCGUAGAUUUGCGUAGUUUGACAUGGUGGUUUUCAGCAUUUGUUAUCAUCGACGUGACCAUACUAUCUUGGACUUGACUUGUUAUACUUCUGAUCACUCGGCUGGUUUUCCAUUGUUUUAAGAAUCAGUUUCUGAUCUCUUUUUUUGGGGGUGAUUUAUUGUCUAGUCACUCCACAAACAGGUGUUAGUUUGUCCAUGGAGUGUUAAUAGUUAACUCCUUGCAGAUUGUCAAUCCUCUGUAAAAACUAUCCGGCUUGCUGUGUCAUGCAUGCAUGCUGUGAUGCCUUGGCUGUAAGAAUGAGUGAGAAGUUGCUGCUGAUGAAUCAGAGAUUAAGAGCCGAUAUUAGUUGUCAAUCAUUAAGUCUGCAUAAAUUUCUUCAACUAUCUUCAGUUGUAUGUUGUAAAUGUUGCUCCCGAUGACAUGCUCAACGCUAGUGAGCAAAUAGUCUUUUGUCCAUCUGCCCAACACCAGCCAUGUAAUAGUUAGAUUAGCUUAAUUAUCCUCUCAUGAUCCCUGUAAAUUGAUGAACUUUUGAUAUUUUAUAUUGUGAUGCAUCAAAAGAAUAUAUAAUUCAAUGUACUGGACUGAUUUAUAUUUAAUCUGAAUUUAUUCUAGUCCUUGUACA